AAAGGAAUACGCAAUGAUACGAACUUCCUGCCGUGAAAUAUGAUAGUUUCCAAUUAUUAUUUACUAAGUGUUCUCACUUCCAACUUCCAGAUUCCCCUCUGGGCGAGGCGACACCGCUCUGAUAAUUAUGCGGUGGGGGUCCCAGUAUCACUACAAUGCGACUGGAAGGGAAACUGACCAAAAGCAAACCAAUUCGGUGAACCAGUACCUGCACGAAAAUAAGGCGAUAACGGAGAAAGAGGAUGUAGGAUAGUUCAGGUGGGAGUGGGAAUGAGCGAGAAACCGUAAAGUCGAGUUCCAAGAUUAGGGGUAACGGUUGAGUGGAGUCAGGAUGACUUGGGAUGAAGCGCUCCAUAAUAGCUGACGGUACGUGAGAGGGAGAGGGGUAAAUCACGCAAAGAAAGGGGAGAGGGCGGAUAGAAGAUGGGAGCAAUCGAUGGAUUUGUGUCAAUACAGUAUGAGGAAACUCCAAGGAGCUAUACUGCGAGGACUCCCUAAGGCUCACUGCCAUAGUAUUGAGUUAUACGAUGUCGCGAAUCUACUAGUACGAGUUACUACCGACACUGGGGUGGUAGAGCUUUGUGUCUGUCAUCGUGGCUCGUGCACCAAGUAGACUGUUCAGCGCGAGUGAAUUGGGGGUUCGUCGGAGUAGACUUCUGACAAAGAAACUAUGGUAUGAUACUCAUGACUUGAGGAAAAAGAGCCGCAAAAAUUCUAUUCCAACAACAACCCUUCCACGAACAAAACAACAAAAACAAACCCAUUAACACUGAUCCACUACCACCACCUUCAAUUGAGAAAUCAGGAGAUGACAAGCUUCAAGAGAUCCCUUGCGGACUCUCGUGAGUCCUCGGAACUAUUUUCCAAGGUCUUCCUUAGAUCUUCGAAGGGAAAAUGCACAAAGAUUGUUCGAGAGCUCUACCUCCGUCGCGAUAUCCCCUGUUCGUCAAAACUCUGCACUCGCUGUCUGGCAGACAUCAGGGGAGAUUCCUACGGGCGCACGAAACCUUUCGUUCUUUCUUCUGAUGCGCCGGUUAAUGAUACUAUCAAGGUGCCCCACUACAUCGUCCCCGACACAAACGUAUUCCUAUAUUGCAUGGACGCUUUGGAGCACGCGGCGAUUACGGACGUCAUUGUUCUUCAAACGGUGCUGGAUGAGGUACGAGCGAGAUCGCUGCCGUUAUAUAAUCGCUUGAGGGCACUGGUGGCGUCGGGGGAGAAGAGAUUUUACCUUUUUCACAACGAGUUUAGAUCUGAGACUUAUGUGCGACGAGAGCCGGGAGAGACAGUCAAUGAUCGGAAUGACCGUGCGAUCAGGCGCGGAGUGCAGUGGUAUCAUGAGCAUUUGAAGGAGGUUACCUGGGAUACUGGAAAGAGCAUUACCGUUGUCAUGGUUAGUAAUGAUGGGGGAAAUCUUGAGAAAGGAAUGAGGGAGGGAAUAACCUGUUGCAAUAUCAAGGAUUAUGUCUCUGGUAUGAAGAACUCGAACGAGCUUCUAGACAUGAUUAGUGCUGCGCUAGAGGAUGAGAAUGCUAAGGUUGCUAAGGGCGACAUGCUUUAUCCAGAGUACUACUCCAUGUCCAAGAUGAUGACUGGCGUCGGGGCCGGUACUCUUCACCAGGGGAAGUUCAACAUUAGUCCUUACAACUUCCUCGAAGGCUCCAUACAUGUGCCAUCGUUUGACAGACCACUCCUAAUACUGGGCCGUGAGAACAUCAAUCGUUCUGUCCACGGGGACCAAGUUGUUGUUCGCGUCUUGCCCAAGGACCAGUGGAAACAGCCAUCUAGCAAGAUCAUUGAGGAAGAAACCAUGACCAAAAAUGACAACCCGGAGCCAACCGCGCGGGUUGUUGGCGUUAUCAAGCGGAAUUGGAGGUACUACGUUGGGCAUCUAGAUCCUUCGUCCGCACCUUCUGCAGGCGGGAGAUCUCAGAGAAAUGUAUUCCUUAUUCCCAUGGACAAGAAGAUUCCAAAGAUCCGACUUAGGACAAGGCAAGCGUCUGAGUUGUUUGGCAAGAGGAUUGUGGUAUCUAUCGAUGCUUGGGACAGAAAUUCCAGGUACCCCACCGGUCAUUUCGUCAGGUCGCUGGGGGAGGUGGAGACUAAAGAGGCGGAAAUUGAAGCUUUAUUAUUGGAGUGGGAUGUUCAGUAUCGACCGUUUCCAAAGGCGGUGUUGGAUUGUUUGCCAAAAGAGGGGCACGAGUGGAGAGUUCCGCAAGACCCGGAAGAUCCCAGACUGCACCAGAGGGUGGACUACCGUGGGCUUUUGGUUUGCAGUAUUGACCCGCCGGGCUGUCAAGACAUCGAUGAUGCCCUUCACGCAAGCCGCAUGCCAAAUGGAAACUACGAGGUCGGUGUACACAUUGCAGAUGUCACACAUUUCGUCAAACCCAACACCGCCAUGGACGAUGAAGCCUCAGUGAGAGGAACCACCGUCUACCUUGUUGACAAACGUGUCGACAUGUUGCCAAUGCUCCUCGGCACAGAUCUUUGCUCGCUAAAGCCGCAUGUUGAGAGAUUCGCUUUCUCCGUCAUCUGGGAGAUGACGGAAAAUGGCGACGUUGUCGACAGCAGAUUCUCCAAAUCGAUGAUCAAGUCUCGCGAGGCAUUUAGCUAUGAACAGGCACAGUUACGAAUCGACGACAAGAGUCAGAAUGACGAACUCACACAGGGGAUGAGGACCCUGCUCAUGCUUUCCAAGAAGCUGCGGCAGAAGCGUAUGGCCGCCGGUGCUUUGAACCUGGCUAGUCCGGAGGUUAAGAUUGAAUCCGAAUCAGAGACUUCAGACCCUAUCGACGUCAAGACGAAGGAGAUGCUCGAGACCAAUUCUUUGGUCGAGGAGUUUAUGCUGUUGGCGAACAUAAGUGUCGCGGGGAAGAUUUAUGAAGCUUUCCCGCAAACCGCUAUGCUAAGACGUCAUGGCGCCCCACCAGCCUCCAACUUUGAAGAGCUCCAAAACCAGUUAAGGGUAACCCGAGGCCUAACCCUACACAUAGACAGCUCCAAAGCGCUCGCGGACUCACUCGACCGAUGCGUCGAUCCUUCCAAUCCCUUCUUCAACACGCUCGUGCGCAUCCUGGCGACGCGGUGCAUGCUCUCGGCCGAAUACUUCUGUUCCGGCACCCAGGGCUACCCCGAAUUCCGGCACUACGGCCUCGCGAGUGAGAUCUACACCCACUUCACAUCCCCCAUACGCCGGUACGCGGACGUCGUUGCGCACCGCCAACUCGCGGCUGCGAUCGGCUACGAGCCAUUACACCCGACGCUGCACUCCAUGGCGAAGCUGGAGGGCGUAUGCGGUAACAUCAACAAUCGGCAUCGAAACGCGCAGAUGGCCGGGAGGGGUAGCGUCGAGUACUAUGUUGGACAGGCGCUGCGCGGGAAGGUUAUGGAGGAGGAGGGCUAUCUGAUGAGGAUCUUCUCGAAUGGGUUUGUCGUGUUUGUGCCUAGGUUUGGGGUCGAAGGCUUGAUCCGUGUGAGGGAUUUGACGCCCCUCGAGCCAAAAUCUGGGUUUGAUGCUGAGAAUUACACGCUCACAGUUGAGGGGUCGAUUGGGAGUUGGUCUGUGGGAUUGUUUGAUCGGGUUGUGGUUAAGGUUAUGGACGAUGUGGAGGAGCGCACGGGAAAACGGAAGAUCAAGAUGACGCUCGUAAGUGUUAAGGGUCGGAAGCUUGAGUGA